AUGACGAACCACCCAAUAGUUGACGCACAAGGUAGAGGUGAAGAGCCUCGUCCAUCGCAGCUGCCAAAGGAACUUUCCAAGCUGGCCGUUGAUUUAAACAUAAAACAAGUCUUUGAAAAUGAAGACAAGUGGAAUUUGAAUGGCUUGCUGGCAUUUCAAAGAGCUGCAAACUUCAUCGCAACAUCUAUGAUUUUCUUGAAGAGUAACACACUACUCUCUCGCAAACUUUCGAAAGACGACAUAAAGCCACGCCUUCUUGGUCAUUUUGGUACAUGUCCAGGCUUAAACUUAGCCUAUGCUCACACUAAUGCACUCAUCAAGCGUCGUGAGAAAGAAGGAAUUGAUUUGAAGUCGAUUUUCGUCACUGGUCCUGGACACGGUGCACCAGCAGUCCUUGCUAGUUUAUACCUUGAAGGCUCAAUAACAAGCUUCUACCCAGAGUAUCCUAUUAAUAAAGAUGGUUUUGAGGCCUUUGCUCGUUGCUUUUCUUUCCCAGGUGGUACAUUCCCAUCACAUGUUUCAGCUCAUGUUCCUGGUAGCAUCCACGAAGGUGGUGAACUUGGAUACGCACUUGCGGUAUCAUACGGUGCCAUCAUGGAUAAACCAGACAUGAUUGCUGUUUGUGUAAUUGGUGAUGGUGAAUCUGAGACAGGUCCUACUGCAGCUUCAUUACACGCACAUAAAUUUAUUGAUCCAGCUGAAUCAGGUGCUGUUUUACCAAUUCUUCAUGUAAAUGGCUACAAAAUUAGUGAACGUACUAUACCAGGUACGGCUGAUGAUCUUGAACUUGUUUCGCUUUACUCUGGUUACGGUUAUCAAGUCCGCUUCGUUGAGUAUGGUCCAUUAGCUAGUACUGUCGAGGAGCAUGUCGAAAAAGACCGCAAUGUUAACGCUAAUCUCGCAGUAUCCAUGGAAUGGGCUUACGAGGAGAUUCGUAAAAUCCAACAUGCGGCACGUUCAGGAAAGCCAAUUGAUAAACCACGUUGGCCAUUAAUUGUUAUGAGAACGCCAAAAGGUUAUACAGGACCACGGAAGAUUCAUGGUACUCCACUCGAAGGCUCUUUCAACUCUCAUCAAGUACCACUUCCAAAAUGUAAAUCAGAUGAUGACGAGUUUGCUGCACUUGAAUCGUGGCUUAAGUCAUACCAUCCAGAUGAGAUCUUUAACAUCGAUGCAGAAAAGGAGGAUUUCUUUGAGAAGAGUGCGUUGUCAAUCAUUCCAUCAAAGAAUACCCUUAGGUUAGGUCAAGUUAAGGAAACUUAUGACGCAUAUCAACCACUCAAUGUACCAAAUUGGAUUGAUCACGCUAAAGAAAAAGGUGGAACCUACUCUCCUAUGGUUAUCACCGGUGAAUUCCUCGCUGAUGUUGUCAAGAAGAAUCCUCAAACCUUUAGAAUUUUCAGCCCAGAUGAACUUGAAUCAAAUAAACUUCACAAAGUUCUUGAUGUUACUGGAAGAAAUCUCCAGUGGGAUCCUGAAACUGCACACAAGGGUGGACGCGUUAUUGAAAUGCUCUCUGAACAUACACUUCAAGGUUUCUUGCAAGGCUACACCUUGACCGGUAGAACUGGUCUUUUCCCUUCAUACGAAGCAUUCUUGGGUAUAGCUAGCACGAUGAUGACCCAGUACAGCAAGCUUAUCAAGAUGUGUAGAGAAACAGACUGGAGAGGUGACGUUUCAUCUUUGAACUACAUCGCAACCAGUACCUUAUGGCGCCAAGAACACAACGGUUAUUCACACCAAGCACCUGGAUUGAUUUCAAUUUUCCAAACAUUCCCUGCGCACCUCUCAAGAAUCUACUUCCCAAUUGACGCGAACACAUCACUUUCUUGCGUUGCUCAUUGUCUUAGGUCCAAGAACUACCUUAACUUGGUUGUUGGCAGUAAACAACCUGGACCUGUAUUGAUGUCACCAGAACAAGCUAAUAGGCACUGCAUUGCUGGAGCGAGUGUUUGGGAUGAAUACUCAACAGAUGGUGGUGUUGAUCCAGAAGUAGUACUGGUCGGUAUUGGUGCUGAAGUCACAUUUGAAGUUUUAGCGGCAUCCGUCCUACUCAGGAACUCCGGUGUAAGGGUCAGGGUAAUCAAUGUUUACGAUUUAAUGAUAUUGGCUGGUAAGAAGGAAAGUCACCCACACGCUCUCGAUGAAGCAGCUUUCAAUAGUUUGUUCACGAAAGACAAACCAGUUCUGAUUAGCUAUCACGGUUAUGCAUUGCAAAUUUCUUCCCUGCUAUUCCAAAGAGAACACUCACUCAAUAGAGCACGCUUUAGUAUCAAUUCUUACGAAGAGAACGGUACUACUACUACACCAUGGCUCAUGCUUUGGUGGAACAACUGUGCUAGAUUCCAAGUAGCAGAUCGUGCAAUUAAGCAAGUAGCUGCCUACAGCCCUCAAUCUAAGGCCAGCUCAAUUGCACACCUCGAAGGUACGAACUGGUUACACGAAGGUAGGAACAUGGAGAAAUACGCGAAUGAAACUGGUGCAGAUCAUGAAUCACUUGGUAAACUACCAGAACUAAAUUAAAGUUUAAUUAAUUUCAUGUAUUUUAUAUUUUACGUUUUACAUUUUUCGAUGAGG